CUACAAACUCCAGUUACUUGAUCGACGUCUCCCAAUUCCUUUGCUUAAAUAUUCUUAAUUUCUUUCGAUCCCUUAGGACGGCCUUCUUGUAUGUGCUAAUGAGAUCUCCAAAUUUAGUGAAGAUGGUUGGUGUAGUCUUACUGGCCGUGGAGAUUAUAGUACUUAUUAGUGGUUAUAGAUUUGGAGCAAAUGGUCUGAGCAUGAACUAUUACCUGAGUAGUUGCCCUCUUGCUGAACCGAUUGUGACCAACACUGUUAUCAGAGCUUUGAUGGCCGACCCAACCCUUGCAGCCGCCCUUGUUAGAUUGCAUUUCCACGAUUGCUUCGUACAGGGGUGUGAUGGGUCAAUUCUAAUUGACUCAACAAAGGAUAACACAGCAGAGAAGGACUCCCCUGCAAAUCUGAGCUUACGAGGAUAUGAAGUUAUCAACGCAGCAAAAAAGCAGCUUGAAAAACAGUGCCCCGGCGUAGUUUCUUGCUCUGAUAUUCUUGCAAUGACUGCCAGAGAUGCAGUGUAUUUGGCUGGGGGUCCACUAUAUAGCAUACAAAAGGGAAGAAAGGAUGGUAGGAGGUCUAAAAUAGAAGACACAGAGAACCUUCCCUCUCCCACCUUCAAUGCCUCUCAGCUCAUUAUCAAGUUUCGGCAGCAUGGUUUUAGUGCCGAAGAAUUGGUGGCUCUUUCUGGGGCACAUACACUAGGAGUGGCAACGUGCAGAUCCUUCAAAAACCGAUUGAGUGAUGAGGAUCCAACAUUAGAUGAAGACUUUGCUCAGACAUUGUCGGAAACAUGCAGUUCCGGCGACGAUGCCGAGCUGCCCUUCGAUGCGACGAGGAACAGCUUCGACAGUCUUUACUUCAACGCAUUGCAAAGGAAAGCCGGGGUGCUCACUUCAGAUCAAACGUUGUACGCCGACACAAGAACCAGAAACAUUGUGAAUGGCUUUGCGUCUAACCAACCCAUGUUCUUCCGUCGUUUCCAAUUGGCAAUGGUCAAAAUGGGAACCCUUGACGUUAAACAAGGUUCAAGAGGCGAAGUACGAAAAAAUUGCCAUAAAAUUAACUGAUCAUCGAUACUCUCUACCUAUCAACUAAAUUGUAUCGAUGCUGAAUUGUGUUAUAUAUUUGCUAUAUAUAUAACACUUAAUAACGGUUUUCUA